AUGAUUUUGCUGGGAUCCCUAGAAAGAUAUAACUACAAGGCACUGGCGAUGCGGCUGCACACUGGCCUCACCGUCAUGAACUGCCCCGACGAGAAAGAGGUGAAGGCGAUGUGUGCCUGGAGGACGCGUGGCCGCCCCGCGCAGGAGCAAAAGAAGUACUGGGAGACUGUCGGCAGACGCAUGUCUCAGGUGGGGCCGCUGCCACGUUACAUCUUCACUGAGGCGGAUUUCAAUGGGCGCACUGCGGCGGUUAGCAGAGCGCUGCAGGCGAUUACCCCCUCGGUUGGCAGAGACUACCUUGAUCAGAAACACGAGUCCAUGUGGUUUCCGGGAAAUCCGUUUCAGCAACUCUUGAAGAUUGAGCGGGAGAGUAACGAAUACGGUAUGGAGAUGAUGCGCUAUGCAGAUAUGUGUCACGGCCUUGACUUUAAGGUGACGCAACGUCUGUUUGCGUCUUAG